AUGUCAACAGACAACAAACCCCGUGCCUUCAACCCCCCAGGCGUCCCUCUCCCACCCCCAACCUACAGCCACGUGUGCAUCACGCCUCUGAUCCCGGGGUCCGUUGACCUCGUCACCCUCGCCGGCCUCACAGGUUUCGUCCCGUCCGACGCAAGCUCUCAGACCACCAUCGCCCUCCAGGCGCCCAUCGCCUACAGCAAAAUCAAAAAGUGUCUUGCGUCCGCCGGCGCUACCCCACGGGAUGUCGUGCAGGUGAAGCAUUACAUCGUCAAGGAGACGGGAGAUCCGGAGGUCGACAAGCUGGAUGUGGUGGAUCGGGGUUGGGGAGAGGCGUGGAUCAAGUUUAUGGACGAGGAGGCUGCGGGGCAUAAGCCUCCCGACACGGUUGUGGGAGUCGCGAGUCUGGCCGUCACGGGGUUGUUGUAUGAGUGUGAGGUUUGGGCUAUCGUGAGGAAGUGA